AUGUCCACGCCCGAGUAUGAUCCCUCCAUCCCUGAUGGCGGAGACACCACGCAACUUGAUGUGAACGCGCCGUUUGUUGGAUUCGAGUUCCACUCGGUUUAUAUCGCCGCCUGUACCUUUAUCGUUUAUCUUAUUCUUCCGGGGAUCGGGCUUCUGUACAGCGGCUUGACGAGAAGAAAGUCUGCGAUGACCUUCUUGUUCCAAGCGUUCUUAGUGCUGGCAGUUACCACAUUCCAAUGGAUGUUCUGGGGAUAUUCGCUCACCUACUCGAGAGAUGGCGGUCCCUACAUCGGGACGUUGAAGAACUUUGGGCUCAUAGAUGCCCUGGCAGCACCAUCCCCUGGCUCUGCCGUACUCCCUGAAAUCUUGUUCUGCCUGUACCAGCUCUUGUUCGGUUCCUGCACGGUGAUGAUCCUGGUCGGCGGUGCGUUUGAACGGGGAGGUAUCUUGGCGUCUCUUAUUUUCGCCUUCGUCUGGGAGACCAUUGUAUACUGCCCUCUCGCAAGAUGGACCUGGAGCAGCCAUGGUUGGUUGUACAACCUUCCAUCCAUCGAUUUCGCUGGAGGUGGUCCCGUCCAUAUUGCCUCGGGCUGCGGCGCGCUGGCGUACGCAGUUGUCCUCGGAAAGCGCAAAGGGUACCCGGAUGCUUCCCUGAAACGGCCUCACAACACGACGUUGGUCUUUCUCGGUACCGUCUUAAUCUGGACUGGCUGGCUCGGAUUCAAUGGCGGUUCGACCCUCAACGCCAGCGUCCGCAGUUACAUGGCCGUCAUGAACACCAACAUUGCAGGUUCCACGGGUAUCCUGGGUUGGGUCCUGGUCGACAUGAUCCGAAACAAGGGCAAAUUCUCCAUGGUCGGAGCUUGCGAGGGUGCGAUCGCUGGCCUUGUCGGUAUUACCCCCUGUGCUGGGUGUGUGACAGUCUGGCUGGGUGCCCUUAUUGGAUUCCUGACCGGUAUUGUCUGCUCGGCGUGCAAGAACCUCAACGAGUGGAUCCGCGUCGACGAGGGAAUGGACGUCUUUAAGCUCCACGGAGUCGGUGGCAUGGUCGGCUCAUUUUUGACCGGCAUUUUCGCCGAUCAGUACAUUUCGGCCUUGGACGGCGGAACUCUCAUUCCAGGAGCGAUCAAUGGCGAGGGUGUCCAGGUUGGCAAGCAGCUUGCCGAAAUCUGCGCUAUUUCCGCCUACUCGUUCGGCGUGACCUGGGUCAUUCUCAUGGUCAUGAAGUACAUUCCAUUCCUGGGGCUGCGGGCGAAUGAGGAUGCCGAGAUGGUUGGUCUGGACCGCUCAUUCUUCGUGGACGAGCAGAUCGGGGACUAUUCCAUGCUGGAAGGGAUCAGCAGCUCGCCUCUGAUAGGAGUGUCGAAAACAUCAUCGAGCGAGGUGCAGCCGGCGGAGACCGAGACUAAGACCGCGUAG